AUAGUAAAUGGACUUGAUUAUGGAGCAGUGAGAAAGAGAGUAAUAAAAAACAAAAAAAAUAUUAAUAAAAAGAGGGAAAUUAUGAGUACCACAGUUAGAUGAAAAUAAAGAUAGAAAAUGAGUGAGUGAAUAGAAGAGAGGGUUGGUUUUAAGAGGGAGAGGGUCUACGAACCCCUCAUACACAAACUAUUACAAUUGUACAGUCUGCAUUGCGCAUUCACAAGACAGGCGCAUCGUUUGACGCGACUCUGGUGGACACUUGUCACUGACGACGGUACAUUGUACCUGUCGACGUCGUCGUCGUCGUCAUAUUCAUCAUCAUCACCAUCAUUAUCAUCAACAUCAUAAUCAUCUUCAUCAUCAACAACAACAACAACAAAAAAUUGUGUUACGUGCCUUGGUGGUGGUGGUGUUAGUGGUGAUAGUACUUAGUAACUAUCAGCGACCUCGUGUCUCUGGAGCAUCACGCGGUCUAUAAUCAGUCAAAUCAACUUGACUACAUAUUAUAAUUUUUUACAACUAGAAAACAAACAAAUAAAUAAUAAUAAUCAUCAUCAAUUUAUGUAUACUAAAAACAUGUGGGGACGAGCUAAUAUGGCUGGAGUUGUUCUCCUUCUUGUAUCGGCAUGUGCUCUGGUUCAUGCUGAAGUAAGUGGUGAAUUGAUAGCGACAAUUGAGAUUGAAGCAGAAGCAAUAUUAGAACGUGCAACCACGUGGCUUUGGAAUCAAAGAGACAAAGAUGCUGGUUGGGGCAAUGACACCCAUAGAGUUUUAUUGGCAUUACGUCUUGCAAAUCUUUCACGUGAUGAUAAUUUACCCUCACCAGCUUCUCUUGAUAUGCAACUCAGUGGCAAACAAAUGGAACUUGAAAUUGUACUUUUAUUAUGGAGGCACAGAGAAGUUGGUUUUUCAGCAGUUAAUUUAGCAAGAUAUACACUGACAUUAAAUUCACUGUGUAUUGAUCCACGUCAAUUUUAUGGUCAUGAUUUAAUUGGUACAUUGCAACAUCAUGAACCAUCAAGUGAUUAUGAUUUUUCACUGACAACACUUGCAGCAUGUAGUGCUGAGGCUCAUAUUAGAAAACGACAAAUACGUAGACUUCUUGAUAUUGCUAAUGCAGCACAAUAUCACAAUGUUGAUACAAUUGCCAUGGUUGUUCUUGCUUUACGUUGUAUUGUUCAAGACCAUCGUCAUCGAAAUCUUCAUCAUUUUGUAAGAAAACCAUCAUUAGGUUUGGCUCAACGUCAACGAUUGGAUGGAAGUUUUGGUGAUUUACGUACAACUGUAUUGGCAAUGCAAGCACUUGAAGAAAUUCAAAAUGAACCAGCAGACAAUUGGAAUAAAUCAGCAGCACUUUCUUGGCUCAGUUCACGUCAACAGCCUGAUGGUUCAUUUGAUGGUGAUGUUUAUUUAACAACUGAAACUGUAUUGGGCAUUGCACCAAGAUCACUUGCCACAAUAAGAACAUUGGAUUGUGGACAAACUGAUUCUUCAUCAUCACGUAUUCUAUCAAACAAUGUAACAGCAUCAGAUAAUCAUGGAGAAAUAUUAUUUUUAUCAAGUACAAGAGAAACAAAUGUUGAAAGAAAUAUUACAAAUUAUGAUAAUACAAUUAUGACAGCAUCACCAAAUAAUAAUCAUAUGAUUAAUAUUUCAUAUACACUUUGGCUUGGAACAAAUGAAACUUAUCAUUUAACUGUAACAGCACCAAAAAAUGAAACAUUUUAUGGAGUUAUGCUGUUGGCAGCUGAAAUGUCACCACAUUUUAAAUUUUCAGCAUCUGAAUGGCCAAAUGGUCACUAUGUUCAUACACUUGCUGGUUACAAAGAAGAACCAAUGUCAUAUCAUUAUUGGUUACUUUAUAGACUUCCAUCACCACCAGAUUUAAAAUCACCACCUGGAAAUCAGCUUGUUGCACCUGGAGGUGUGGACGAUCUUGAAAUCAGCGAAGGCGAGCACUAUCUUUUUUGGUAUAAAAAACUGUAAGAUGGAUACUCAAAGGUGUGAAUGGAGGCAGACGGAGUGAGACCAAUCAAGGUCACGUAGAGUCGAUCUUUAAUUCGACGAAAAAGAAACAAAAAAUAAAUAAAAAACGAAAUUUAAUUAAUAAGAAUAUUUAAAAUAAAUUAAAUUGCUAAUACUACAAUAUUUAAAUACAUGAAUUGUUAUGUCAAAUAAUAAGCAUAACAUUUUGUAUAUGAUAAACUACAAUGCACAAUUAUAUAUGAUACUUAAUAUCGUAUUAAUUAAUCUUUAAUAAACUCGAUAAUAAUAUACAUAUUGUAAGUGACAAAAAAAAAAAAAU